UCUGACGUCAUUAACUCACGACGGACCGGGCCGACACGCAAAAAGAAUACAACCGGUGUUCGCUACACCUCAGAGAGAGGAAAGCGUUAGUCGACAUUGUUUGAUUUUUCAGGGGAGCUAUUUUACUAAACAAAUGUGAACAGCUUUAGUUUAACGUCAGGGGUGUUACCAUUUUAUUUACUUGAAGUUUUUAGAUAGUACUUGCGAGUUGCAUCAGCCUCAGUGAAAGGACCCCGGCGCGGCGUUAUUGUUCGGGAAAAGUCAAUAUGGCGGGCGACGAGUCGGGUACAACGCUGGGCCAGCCUCAUUUGGCCAAACAAGACCUUAGUACAUUGGACGUCUCCAAACUGACGACCCUUUCCCCUGAGAUCAUCAGCCGACAGGCCACCAUCAACAUCGGCACCAUUGGCCACGUGGCGCACGGAAAGUCCACAGUGGUCAAAGCUAUCUCGGGCGUUCACACCGUUCGCUUCAAAAACGAGUUGGAGAGGAACAUCACCAUCAAGCUGGGGUACGCCAACGCUAAAAUCUACAUGCUGGACGACCCCAGCUGCCCCCGCCCCGAGUGCUACCGCUCGUGCGGAAGCAGCACCCCCGACGAGUUCCCCACAGACAUUCCCGGCACCAAAGGCGACUUCAAACUCGUCAGACACGUGUCUUUCGUGGACUGUCCCGGUCACGACAUUCUGAUGGCGACCAUGUUGAACGGAGCCGCCGUCAUGGACGCCGCCCUCCUCCUCAUCGCGGGAAACGAGUCGUGUCCUCAGCCGCAGACGUCGGAGCACCUGGCCGCCAUCGAGAUCAUGAAGCUCAAGCACAUCCUCAUCCUGCAGAAUAAGAUCGACCUGGUCAAGGAGAGCCAGGCCAAAGAGCAGUACGAACAGAUACUCACCUUCGUGCAAGGCACGGUGGCAGAGGGCGCGCCCAUCAUCCCCAUCUCCGCUCAGCUCAAGUACAACAUCGAGGUGGUGUGCGAGUACAUCGUCAAGAAGAUCCCCGUCCCCGUGCGAGACUUCUCCUCGGAGCCCCGCCUCAUCGUCAUCCGCUCGUUCGACGUCAACAAGCCCGGCUGCGAAGUGGACGACCUGAAAGGCGGCGUUGCGGGAGGGAGCAUCCUCAAAGGCGUCCUCAAGGUCGGCCAGGAAAUCGAGGUGCGGCCAGGCAUCGUCUCCAAGGACCACGAGGGCAAGCUCAUGUGCAAGCCCAUCUUCUCCAAAAUCGUCUCGCUCUUCGCCGAGCACAACGACCUUCAGUACGCUGCGCCGGGGGGCCUCAUCGGCGUGGGCACCAAGAUCGACCCGACGUUGUGCCGGGCAGACCGCAUGGUGGGCCAAGUGCUGGGCGCCGUCGGGGAGCUCCCAGAGAUCUUCACCGAGCUGGAGAUUUCCUACUUCCUGCUGCGGAGGCUGUUGGGCGUACGCACCGAGGGAGACAAGAAGGCAGCCAAGGUUCAGAAGCUCUCUAAGAACGAAGUGCUGAUGGUGAACAUCGGCUCGCUUUCCACGGGUGGCCGCGUCAGCGCCGUUAAAGCCGAUUUGGCCAAAAUCGUUCUCACCAACCCCGUCUGCACCGAAGUCGGCGAGAAGAUCGCGCUAAGCCGCCGCGUGGAGAAACACUGGCGGCUGAUCGGCUGGGGGCAGAUCAGGAGGGGCGUGACCAUCACGCCCACGGUAGACGACGAUUAAGAACCCGACGACGCUCGUUGGAGCCUCGUUCUCGGACUGAUGGCGACGCGUUCCGGAUCGCCGCAGACCGUACUUCGGCACAGCUGUCUUCACACUCGCAAUUCAAUAAACAACAUUUGGAACUCUA